AUGGAGGAAAUAUACCAGAAGCUUAGCGUAGUAAAUCUAUGGCAAGGCUUCAGGAAUUCAGAUGAGCCCUCAUUUGAGGUGAUUGAGGCAUGGCUUCAUCACAGCUCUGGGCAGAUCCACAUGAGCCGCAAGCCUGUCUCUGUCAAAGAGCUAGAUGACUGGCUACCUAUCGACGAAACUGACGGCGAAGGCGACACAAAGAAGUCGCUCGUUUUGCGAAUAGCUCUGAUAGGCUGCGAUAUCAAGAAAAGGAUUCUGAAGCUCUCCAGCGAUGUGAUGAAAACCCUCCUCAAAUCAUUCGACCUCGAGCUGGCCUAUAAAUACUCUCAGAGCUGCAUCACCAACGUUGCCGCCAUUCCGCCGCAGUCAAACGAACACCAGGCGUAUUCCUUCUGCUACAUGCCAAAGCUUGCAGCAAUGUGGGCACAUCGCCGCUUCGACGUGCAGAGCCCGACAGAUCGGUCAUAUCUUACUCAAGGCGUGAUAUUCCUCGAUGAAUCCAACAUGUUGUUUCUCUCCGAGGUGUUCCGCACACCCUGGAGUGCGCUUCUCUAUGAAAGCCCGAUGUUCCCAGCCUUUCUCCUCACCCUCAUUCUCAGCACGCAGAUCCACCAAGGGGAGGAGAAGGUCAAGCUCAAGAUACGCGCGAGUGAAAGAUGCUCGUCGACUCAGAUGCCUCACCAAGGAUACGAUAAAAGUGUUAUGGGCUUGUUCAUCUCCCUAGCUGCCGAAGCGGAUCGAUGCGCUGUGAAGCUGGGCAGCUUGAGUAGAAAAAGCAAAAUGGUGGAAAAGGCUUUGAAAUUCAUAUUGAAGAACAUAUCGGAACAAAGUGGCCAUGGAACUUCACCCACAUCGGUGUCGGCCGAAGCUUGUCAACUGCUGAAGAGCCAUGUGCUUCUUUUGGAGGAUCGGCUGGAAAUGCAAACUGUGGACAUAGAGUAUACUUUGAAGCGUGUCCAGCUUCAGAUCAACAUUCUUGCUGGCAUCAUUUCUAGAAGCGAUUUUCAAGCAACUCUGAUGCUGGCCGAGUCCCAGCAUCGUGACUCACUCUCGAUGAAGACCCUUGCCAUCGUCACCAUGUUUUUUCUCCCAGGAAGUUUUGUUUCUGCCUUAUUCUCAACAUCAAUGUUCGACUGGGACAGCGUCGACCCAUCAUCGAACGGCAUCGGGGUGCGGCUGCUGCCUCAGUUUGGACUGUACUGGGUCAUUACUAUCCCGCUCACCAUCAUAACCUUCAUACUCUUCUUUAUGUGGCUGCUACGGAACGACACAGGGGUCACACAAUAG